CAGUGUUGAAAUGUGGCAGAGCAAGAUGAUCAAACUCAGAUUAAUUUAGGAUAAUUUGCAAACACACACUAAUACAUGUACAUAAAAAUAUCUCUUUAAAAAUAUAAUUGCUUCCUGGAAAACUGCAUAUGAUUGAACUGCAAAUAUGCACUCAUAGAUAGAUAGAUAGAUAGAUAGAUAGAUAGAUAGAUAGAUAGAUAGAUAGAUAGAUAGAUAGAUAUUAAACACUGAUGAAUACACAUUUAGUCAGCCCUUCAGAUGUAGCAGCUGUUGUACUUAUACAUGCUAUCUUUCAUUUAACAAACAAAUCUAUCUAUAUUUUAGAUUACUUUAUAAAAAAUAUUAAUUAAUAAUGCAGUAGGGUCUAACCUUAAUAAUUAAACUUGGUAUGUUAUUUCUCUACUGGAAACCACUUCAGCUCAAUGGCUGUUGUUUUAAAUAUACUGUAUAACUAACAAUGACUUAUCUAGGAUAAAACUAGUAUUCUGGCCCUUCUAUUAGCUUUUCUGUUGCCAUAUUAUUAUACUUGUGACAGUGCACAACAGGCCUCUGGAAACCAAUCUGCAUAGUUUAAACUCGACACAUACACAUGUACAGACUGAUACACUGCUCUAUGUUUUCCAGGAUGGUUUUGAUGAAGCCUGGUAAACAUUUGAAUGCAUGUGCCUUUAACAGAAUCUAACUUCCCCAGUCUGCCUUAAAGAGCCAGGCAUGUGCUGCUGAGGGCCUCCCCCUGUUCUCUCCACAACAAACUGCCUCUUGCCCUUCUUAAGGUGGACCAAGACAGAUGCGCUGUGUGGAUAGGCUGUGCCCUCUGGACGCUGGAUAGGAAAGAGUUAAUUCCCACACUCGCUGGAAACUGUAAACUCUGCAAGGGCUCUCUGGUGGAAGUGAUGGUGCUUGUUAUACAGUAUAUGUUUAUUUUUAUCUUUAAUAAUAUUGUUUACACACCAGCGACAGAGUGAGUAUUAUGAGAUUCAUCCCAGCAGUGGCUAACAGUGUGUAAUUGUAUUAUCUAGUAUAUAAACUUGUACUGUUGAUAUGCCAGGUCUAGAUUUGCAGAAAGUCUUUCAUAUGCAUGCUUCCCUAAAUAAGAAGCCAGUUAGUUGGCACGACACUGUUUACUGGCUUGUGCCUAUGUCUGUUUGGCUCCACAUUAUCACUUCAUGUGACUUCGUGCCACUCUAAGAAUCUUAAUGUAAUCCUUUGGAGAAGGGAUUUACCUGAAAACAGCUGUUGUAGGAAGUCACAGGUGAGGCUUGAAGGUUUUUUUAUUUGUCAAUCAUUUGCAAAAUUGCUUUGCUUUUUUAAAAUGUUCAUAUACAAAGAAAAUAAACGGAAACUUAUCUAUUCAAACACUGUUUUAUUUUCAUAAUGAAAUGUUCUUUGGUAUAUAGGUCCUGCUCUUUGCUUCUGCAGGUCAGAUUGUGAUGGAAAGCUGCCAGGUAACCAGCCGGUGCAGUAAUAGGAAUAAGACGUCAGCUCGGAGGUUAAAUGGCUGUGAGCGUGGCUGUAAAUUCAUUAUGUUCAACCCUUACUGUUUAUGUAGCACAUUAGAUACUCCACACACUUCUGCUGGAGAUGGAGUGCAGCCCAUGACACACUAAAAGGAGGCACAGCAAACAGAAUCACAGGUACAGCUGAGUUUUUAGCUUGUUUUACUGUUUGCAGGAUGGAUUGUUGUGGCAGAUGAGGUAUGUGUUUCAGCAUACAAAAACCCUUUUAAAGCUCCUGGGAGUUUUGCAUGUGUGUUUGACUAAAUGAUGGCCAAGAGUUAAAUGAAUCUGAACUCAUGUUGCCGGUUAUUGUCGUGCUGAAAACAAUGUUACUGGUUGUGUCCUAUUGUAUGUUUUAAUCACUAGACAUUUAGUAAUUAAUUUCCUUCAUGCCAUGUGUAAUUUGCACAUCACUGAAGUGGCAGUUGGACAGUUGUGACCCAAAGGACUUUGGCUCCUGUUGUGAAUUUCCAUGUUUUUGCCGAGCUGUGUUGUAUUUUUGCUGAGACAAACCGUCCACAGAUGUUGUGGAGGGCACAAACCCUCUGGAUUACAUUGGGGAAUUAUUGUCCUUUAUAGGACUGAGCCACAUGAUUAAUUAUCCGUGAAUCUAUGUGACUUCUGACCUCUAUUCAAACUCCAAAGUCUUCCCACUGUCAAGGUUUUCCUGAUUAUGCAAAGUAGGAUAGUGUCAAAGCUUUAUAUAAUCUUCAGAUAAAUUCUGAAAUACAUUUCUGCACAGACUGUGGAUUUUGUGCCCAAUGACUUCCACUGAAAGGACACUAAGAAGACAGGGUUUAAUACCUGGUGUGAACAGAUCAAAGGAAAACAGCUUUGAAGUCCUUAUCGGCACAUGAUUAUGGCUUAAUGAUGGGUUUUAAAAAAUGGGAAACCAUGCUUUAAUGUCAAACAAUCAUCUGUAUAGACACUGCAUGACAUUUCAUAAGGUGAACACAUUUCAACUCCGCUUUCUUUCUUCUUUGUCAUUCUACAGAUUUUGGGAUUUCAUUUUCGGUGUCAAAAAUGGGGUGGUCGUCUUUGCUCUUCGUCACACUAACCAUAUCUCUGUCUUCACUCACAAGCCUUAUUCAAACUUCACAUUCGCUGAAUUCAGCCCAAAUAAAUAAAAGCACGAGGAGAAACAACAGCGGUCUGGACAUCCCAGCCAGUGAAGUCAUCUUUCAUUCGAAGAGCUCUGAGGAGGGCAGCGGACACAGUUCAGACACAACAGCAUCACAGGAACUCACCAAUAAGACUAUCAUUCCAGAGAAGCCUGAGAGAGUGAGCAACGAAAACCCUUCUGAGUCUGGAAUCACAUUAACUACAAGGCCAGCUCCUAUUCUACACCACUCAGGGUCUCAUGAGCGAGAAGCUGACAAAGCCAAUUCUUCAGUUACAGGAUACAGUCACUCCAGUGAACACAGACUCUCUGAGGAAGCUCUCUUGGACAGCAGCCACAUUACGAGUGAGGAACAGUUAAAAACGAGUCCCGGAGUGAAUGAUGACUCUCUGAUUGGUGGGGACAGCCAUAAACAUCCAGUCCAAACCAGUGUGUUUACUUACAUGCCAAACGAUGACCUGCCAGGGCCUGGAGCUCCCUGUGUGGUCGGUGUCAGACCAUGUGUUGUUCUCAAAAACUUUAACGGCACCAGCCUGCUCUGGGAUGACAUGAGGCGCACGCUGGCGUUUGCCUGGGAACUGCACGUCUUUGGAUCGGCCAGCCUUUUCACACUGAUGGCAUUCCUGGCAGUUUUGGGAAUGGCUGGAGCGUGCACUCUUCCUCACCCCCUGUGUGAUGCACUGACCCUCGCAAACAGCUUCUUAAUUACGGGUGGCUCUUUGCGUACUGUCCUCCUUCUGCUUGAUCCUUAUGGCACCCGUCAGAUCCUGUCUCAUGCCACUCUGACAGCACUUCACAAUGCUCCCAUGCAGUUUCUUCUGUGGGCGCAGGUUGUCCUUGCUCUGGUCACACUUAGAGGGUUUAAAUUGCUACUUCUCCCAUUAAAGCUGCAGCGCCCGUGGAUUGUGGGAGUACUUGCUUUAACCCACUGCACUGCAUUAUUUGUAGCAGACCUGCACUCUUCCACUUUGUCCCCGGUUCUCCCUCUUUUGCUACAGACCCUCUCCCUCGGCUGGGGCCUCCCGUUCUGUCUGGGAAUCCUCACUAAGUCUCUCUCCCCUCUGCCUCCCUUUCUCCGGUCCUCUAUACCACAGUGGUUUCCUUCACAGAGGACUGAGAGGCGUGGAAAGCGACAAACAGCAGUGUGUGCCUUCCUUGCAGUGCUGUGCUGCAGCCUUCAGUUGUACAGUCUCUUCUGGCUUUAUGGGCUGCUGGGGAACUGGAGGCGCUUCGGUUGGGGCUGGUGGCUCAGUCAGUUCUGGGCCAGAAUCCUUGAGAUAGCCUGGGGAUUCUCUUUACUCGUCCUUGGAUCUUGGAUUUUCUGGACACCAUUUAGGGGUCAUUCAAGGGGCGAUCAUGGGCAAGGCAGGAGUGAGGUGUCUAAGAGGGUGGAGAAGAAAGGCUUGUGGGGUAGACUGGUGGCCAGUGUACGGAAAGGCCGUCUAGGAAAAUCAGAGAAUGCCUGGGAGGACCUGAUGCCAAAUAACUGGGCAAAGUAUAACCUGUCCAGGACAGGUAUCAGCAACAAUGCAAUGUGUCCAUAUGAUGAUCCACCAACAGCUACUGCAGCAGAAUACAAACCUGAUCCUAGCAGCAGUAGCAGCUCUGACAUUCAGGCUGCACUACUGUGGCAAAAAGUUGGUGAACGCGAAUGUAUUCUAUCACUCAUAGAGUUUGACAUGCGGCCCCCAUCUCCUAUUAACCUCAGGCGCAGCAUUGACAAUGCGCUUCAUCACGGGCAGCUCGUAGCAGGAGGCCUGUUCACACCUCCACCUCCCUGUUGGACUCACACUAUGGACACAGACUCCAAUGAUGGAGACAGCGGUCUGACAGCAUUCCCUCCACCUUAUGUUGGCUACGGGUGGAUGCUGGAUACAGAGUCUAUUUCUGCAUCUCUGGACCAUUUCCAGGCCAAAGAACCAGUACAGUCACCCAGCACUACAGCUGAGUAUAAUGGCAGCGUUGGAUCUGCAGCUGCUGCAUGUCAUGAAGACGAAUUCUCAGCAGUGAUGCAUCAGCGUGACUUUUCUGAUGACGAUAUCACAGACCUCUAAGCUGGUGUUAUAUCAAGCCCAUGCUAGCUUCUAAAACCAAACUGUCUAGACUUCAGGAAAUGACACAAGCAUGUAAUGUGGAUUGUGAUGCUCUUGCAGGACUUUGCCUCUACAAAGAAAAAAUAGUGUCUGAUACUGACUUCAAAGGGAUUCUGUUUCAAAUACUCAGCACAGAAGUCCCUAUGCUAUUCAGUAUCUGCAUUGUUUUUAUAUUUUGAUUAUAUUUUGGAGAAGGUAAUGUUUAAUUGACUUUCACUGGGUCAAAUGGCUGGAACUGGUUGCAAAUGGUAAUUUGUAGUGAAUAAUAUUCAUGAUGAUUGAGUUUUACUGUGCGUGUUUCUAUAUGCCAGUUUUAUUUGUGUAUGUAGGACAGACAAGUUUUCAAUCAGUAUGUUUAAUAUUCCUACCAUUUGAGUCAAUAUCUUUUACCUUUUUGCAUCAGAUCUGUGUUUUUUCAUUGUUUUUGUAAAUAAAGAAUAAAUAAAGUGACUUUAUAUGACCC